CAAGAGCCCGAGGGCAUCCCCCAGCGCCGUGGGGCCCCGCAGGCAGGUGGCCAGUGCCGGGAAGGCUCGGCUGGCCGUGGGUGGACCCGGCAGGCUCGCCACGCCUCCCGCCAGGCCGGCCAAGCCCCGGUUCCAUCGGGAUCCGGCGGGGCGAGCAUCACCCGAGCCGCGCCGGGGACGGAGCGCACCGAGAGCCGCGGGCCAUGGCAGGAAAAGCCCACAGGCUGAGCACGGAGGAGAGGGAGCAGCUGCUGCCAAACCUGCGAGCCGUGGGGUGGAACGAGGUGGAAGGCAGAGAUGCCAUCUUCAAAGAGUUCCACUUCAAGGACUUCAACCGGGCCUUUGGCUUCAUGACCAGAGUGGCUCUACAGGCAGAAAAACUGGAUCAUCAUCCUGAAUGGUUCAAUGUGUACAAUAAGGUUCACAUCACCUUGAGCACCCACGACUGCGGGGGUUUAUCGGAGCGAGACAUCAACCUGGCCAGCUUCAUCGAGCAGGUGGCAGCUUCCCUCUCCUGACCAGGGAUCCACGUGCCAAAAUCCCACUGUGCCACUGUGUCCUGCCUAGAUGGCUGCACCCAGAGCCUUUUCCCACUUCCAAGCUGGAUCCUGGAUCCAGACAGCCCAACACCUCGCCAGCCUCCCCCAGUGCAGCUCAGAUGGAUGGAGGCACUUCUCAGGGUGCAUGUAUCCAUCUCUGAUCCUGCAAAUUCCAUCCUUCAGCCCUUCCUUAGCCAUGUGAUCCCACACCUCCAACUGCUGAGCCUCUUACCAGGAGUCAUAUCAGAGUCACAGGAUAGUUUGGGUGGGAAGGAACCUUAAAGAUCACCUCGUUCCACCCCCUGGCGUGGGCAGGGACAUCUUCCACUAUCCCAGAUUACUCCCAGUCCCAUCCAGCCUGGCCUUGGACACUUCCAGGGAUCCAGGGGCAGCCACAGCUUCUCUGGGCACCCUGUGCCAGGGCCUGCCCACCCUCACAGGGAAGAAUUUCUUCCCAAUAUCCUGUCUAUUCUGUGUGAAUCCAUUCCCCCUCAUCCUUUUACUACACACUCUUGAGAAAAGUCCUUCUCCAUAUUUCUUGUCAGUUCUUUCAGGUACUGGAAGGCUGUACUUAGGUCACCCCAAGGCUUCUCUUCUCUGGGCCGAACAAUCCCAAUUCUCUCAGCCUUUCCUCAUAACAGAGGUGCUCCAUCCCCUCUUACCAUCUUGGUGCCUCCCCUGGACUCGCUCCAACAGGUCAAUGCCCUUCCAGAGUCAAGUUACACCACUGCACCAGUAAAUCUGUCCAGAGCCUGCCCCCACAUCCAGCCCCUGUUGUUGCUCCUUACCUCCUGGAAUGUGCUUUCUGCCUAAAACAUGUUUUGUGAACCCUCUGGCUUCUCUAACCAAGCAGCAAAUGUGCUGUGCAAUUUGUCAUUGCUGUAACCCCUCUCUAGCAGUAUUACAUCAGGCACGUGGUCUCACCUGACUGCAGCCAGCCUUUAGCAGGGCACCAACUGAAAGUGUUUACAAUAAACAUCUCAUUUAACCCAA